UAUAGCUGGAAUAUUGCUGAGUGCGGCAUUAAACAACAAACAAUCAAUUAAUCAAACAAACAAACAUGUAUAUAUAUAUAUCAUGUGUGUGCUUCAUAUGAACGUAACAUAUAUAUUAAAAGUGUAAAUUACUAAUGUAUGAUUCACAUGUAUGUUACACAUAUUAAAUAUGUUUCAUAUGAAUGUUACAUAUAUUAAAUGUGUAUAUGACAUACGUCACGGAACUAUGCCACAAUAAAGUCAGUUUACUUGUGUUUCUCACGAUGCUUACAAUAGUAGAUGCACUAGGACAAUUGUUAGAUGCUCCAUUCAUCUAAAUGAUAAGGUAAUGCGACCCUGACCUAUGACCCAAAUGUCAGGAUUAAGUAGUCAGCAUGUUGUGUGGCUUCUGUAUGUGUAAAAUGCCUUACAUUAUCAAUUCAAUAAAAGAUCACAUUGGCUGAAAUUUUCAUUAUCUUGUUAGAGUUACACAUUUUAUUGCUUUAAGUAGGGGUAAUGUUUAAUCAGAUAUCAGUCUCAACUCCCAUUUUGCCUGUUUACUGUUGUUUUGAUCACUGUCGCGUCUCAACUCCAAUGUUGCCUGUUUACUGUUGUGUUGAUCACUGUCACAUCUCAACUCCCAUGUUGCCUGUUUACUGCUGUGUUGAUCACUGUCAUUUCUCAACUCCCAUGUUGCCUGUUUACUGUUGUUUUGUUCACUGUCAUGUCUCAACUCGCAUGUUGCCUGUUUACUGUUGUGUUGAUCACUGUCAUGUCUCAACUCCCAUGUUGCCUGUUUACUGUUGUGUUGAUCACUGUCACAUCUCAACUCCCAUGUUGCCUGUUUACUGCUGUGUUGAUCACUGUCAUGUCUCAACUCCCAUGUUGCCUGUUUACUGUUGUGUUGAUCACUGUCAUGUCUCAACUCCCAUGUUGCCUGUUUACUGUCUCAUUGAUCACAGUCAUGUCUCAACUCCCAUGUUGCCUGUUUACUGUCUCAUUGAUCACAGUCAUGUCUCAACUCCCAUGUUGCCUGUUUACUGUCUCAUUGAUCACUGUCAUGUCUCAACUCACAUGUUGUUUGUUAACUAUUGUGUAGAUCACCGUCACGUCUCAACUCCCAUGUUGCUUGUUUACUGUCUCAUUGAUCAUUGUCACGUCUCAACUCCCAUGUUGCCUGUUUACUAUUGUGUAGAUCACCGUCACGUCUCAACUCCCAUGUUGCCUGUUUACUGUCUCAUUGAUCACUGUCACGUUUCAACUCCAAUGUUGCCUGUUUACUGUUGUUUUGAUCACUGUCACGUCUCAACUCCCAUGCUGCUUGUUUACUGUGGUCACGUCUCAACUUCCAUGUUGCCUGUUUACUAUUGUGUUGAUCACUGUCACGUCUCAACUCCCAUGUUGCUUGUUUACUGUGGUCACGUCUCAACUCCCAUGUUGCUUGUUUAUUGUCUCAUUGAUCACUGUCACGUCACGUCUCUACUGACCUAGAUUUACGUCUGUGCGAGCUGACAUGUAAACCCUAUAUCAGCUAUUGGAUAACAGGACAUUAUUUAUGCUUUGAAGAGGGGUUUCAUUUGAGAAGACAAUAUAUUUUAAUGAAAUUUGUUGUACCAACCUGGAAAUUUGUUUUGGUAUCCAUAAUAUUGGGAUAUACCCGAUGACAUUAUCAGGUCAUACGUUUUUGUUGUGCACUCAGGUAUCAAUUAAUGUCAUUCAAUUCCUUACAACUUUUUCAUUUGUUUUUGUUGUGACGCAAGUUUUUGUCAGAAAAAUGUUUCGCAAAAAAUAGGCUAUGCCAAGCGUAUGGCCCUCAACCUCAAUACAAACUGCCAUGGUUACACGAACACGUAGUACCACCACUGAAUCGUAGAUCCAUGAAGACAUACGAUAGAAUUGGUCUUCAGUAACCCAUGCUUGCUGUAAAAGGUGACUAUGCUUGUCGUAAGAGGAGACUACCGGAAUCGGGUGGUCAGACUCCGUGACUUGGUUGAUGAAUGUCAUCGCAGCCCAAAU